AUCAGAAGUCAUGUGAUCUUUCAGCAGCGCGGGGUAAAGGUGGAUGUACUGUAGUACCAGUGCAUUACGGUGGAUUACAGAAAGUUUUGAGAAAAUCUGAAGUUCCUGCCGGAGUCUAACAGUGUCUGAUAGAUCCCCCUUUUGUUCAGUACUGAUUUGGGACUGUAAGAAGUCGCAGCGAGAGACAAUCGAAAUGUCUUUAAGCCGAAAGAAUUGGUCAGCUCUUUCCAGGUAAGUUUCUGACACGCCAGUGGACUGUGGAGGAUGAGGAAGAGAUUGAGCGUGAGCGACGGAGAAGAAACCGAAGCUGCACUUCUGUGUCAGAGUCACCUGAUGCCACCCCAGAAGACACAGCCCUGAGACCAAGCAGUUCUGAGGACAACCCUGAACCAGAAGAUCUUCAGGCCCACCUGGAGUUUUUAGAGAUGCUAAAGGCACGAGAUGAGAAGAGGAAGAGGAGACACGUGGAGACACUGAGGCAGCAACGAGAGGAGGAGGGGCAGGAAGCUGAGUUCAAGGCAGAAGAUGACAGUCUUGAAGGAAGACGAGAGCCCAAGGCUGAGACACCAAGGAGCCCCAACAGCAAAGAUAAUAAUGACCUGAGGAGCAACUCUGUGUCAGUCAAAAAGAAUGUAAGUGAAAAUACCGAAUUCCUGUAUAACAAAGAAACAGAGAAAAAGACUCCAACUAAGUCACCCCGGAUGUUUGUCAGCUCUCUCUCCAUUUCUUUUGAUAAGAGUCCAAGUUCCCCCACUGGGAGGGGAAAUGUAUUCUCUCCGAUGAGUCCUACCAGCCCUUCUGUACAAAACAUUGCUGAAAAAGAGCUAAUACACAGCCCAAGACGUUUCUGGGAAAUCAGAGAGAAUGGAGACAACAAGGUUCUGAAUAGCAGAGAGGUCGGAUAUGAGUUAGGUUCUGAAGAUGUUAGAAGGAAGUCCAAGGGCCCUGAGGAGACUGCUUUCAUGAGACAUCAUCCCAGAGCAGCUUCCUUCAGGGUCAUAAGUAAGACAAAAGAGUCUGUUCCUAUAAUAAGAAGUGCUAGUGUCAGAUUAACCUCAAGGAGCAGAGAGGAAAGACUCAGCAAGGCACCCAAUCAUGAAGAGGAUAAACCUUCUCCAUUUCAAAGAAACUCGCGGCAAAGAAUCUCAUCUCGCACAAUCGAGGAGAAGCUGGAGAAGCUAGCUUUGGCUGCACAGAAAUCAGAGACCAUUAAGUCCCCCAGUGCAACUCAGAAAGACUUCUUCUUGCUGGUACAUGAAGUUGCAAGGAAAAGAGGAGUGUUUGAAAAGGAUGGAGCUACUGUGGAAGGCAGUUCUAGCAAUUCAAAACAGAAACAUCUCAGUUUCUCAACUGGAAUAUCAGAACGAAUUAAUCGCUGGGUCUCCAGGGCACAGAAAUCUGAGCUUUCAGAUUUGAGGAACGUGGACAUCUCCAGUAAAUGGCAUACCUGGGAAAACAGAGCUGAGGAGCUGCCUCCUAAACCUUCAAAAUAAGACAAAACCAAACAGUAGGAAUGUCGCCUCUUACCAGCUUAAUGAUUUUUUUACAGGAAGCCUGAAGAAAAAGAAAACACUCAUACAGUACAUGCAGUCUCUAAACAAAUGUUUGUGUAGGUAAUGCUUAAUAAGAUUUUAAUAUGUGAUCAAUUUAUUGAUCAGUAGUAAAAAAGAAAAGUUGUAAUGCAACUGAUUGUGUAAAUUCUGUUAGGUCAAAUUAACAAUUCAGAAAAUGACAUAUUGCAUUCUAUAUUUCUAUAUUUCUGAGUAUCAAAUGUACUAUUAUUGCAGAAUAAUUAAAACUAGACACCUUUACAAUUUAGAAUCACCAGAACUUUCAAAAGUACCUACUGUUAGCUUUUUUCCUCCCAAAAUGGAAAACAUCAUAUAUUUACAACUGUGUAAAUGUCAUUUUAAAAAUAAAAGUCAUUUUUCUUCA